AUGCCUAUCAAGGUCGUCUUGGGUGCCCAAUGGGGCGAUGAAGGAAAAGGCAAAUUAGUUGAUAUUCUUGCGCCUGAAGCUCAACUCUGCGCGAGGGCCGCUGGAGGCCAUAAUGCUGGUCACUCUAUUGUCGCCAACGGUGUCUCGUACAGCUUUCACCUGCUCCCUUCUGGUCUCAUCAACCCGAACUGCAUGAACUUCAUCGGCUCCGAUGUCCCUUCGUUCUUCUCAGAGUUGAAGCAACUUGAAGAGAAAGGACUUCCCAAUGUCUAUGAUCGGAUCCUUGUGUCUGACAGAGUUCAUAUCAACUUUGACCUUCACGCCGCCGUCGACGGUCUCGAGGAGAUUGAGCUAGGAGAGCGCAAAAUCGGCACCACUGGCCGCGGAAUUAUAAACCAAGGCUGCUCCGAUGUGUUCGACCAAGAACUCUUCGAAUCAAAACUGCGUCGACUGGCACAUGGCUACAAGGCCCGUUACGGCGAUCUGCUCAAGUAUGAUGUCGAGGAAGAGAUUAAGAGAUUCCGAGGAUACCGUACGGAGCUCGCAAAGUAUGCCAUUGAUGGUUUGAGCUUUAUGUAUUCUGCUCAAACGAGCAACAUGAACAUCAUUAUCGAGGGUGCAAAUGCUGUAAUGCUCGACCUUUCGAUGGGAUCAUACCCCUAUGUCACUUCAUCCAAUACCGCAAUUUCUGGCAUCAUCGCUGGCUUAACGCUCAACCCCAAGGCCAUUACAGAGACUAUCGGAGUGGUAAAAGCCUAUACCACACGUGUUGGCGCUGGCGCUUUCAAGACGGAAGAUCUCGAAGAGGUCGGAACAAAACUCCAGGAGGUGGGCCGAGAAUGGGGAACAUCCACAGGCCGAAAACGUCGCUGUGGUUGGCUCGAUCUCGUUGUUGUGAAGCACGGCCACAUGGUCAACUACUACACUGCAUUGAACUUGACCAAACUCGAUGUACUCGAUUCCUUCGAGACAAUCAAGAUCGCCAUUGCAUACAAAGACAAGAGCACAGGCCAGGAUCUUGACUAUUAUCCGGCGGACCAUAACAUUCUAGAUAACGCCGAAGUCGUUUACCACGAAAUGCCUGGGUGGAACAAGCCGACGACCAACGCCCGGACAUACGAUGAGCUUCCCAAGCAGGCCCAGGACUACAUCGAGUACAUCGAAAAGUUCAUUGGAGUAAAGGUCAAAUGGAUCGGUACUGGUCCAGACCGUGAGGCUAUGAUCACACGUAACUAA